AUGAGUAAAAAGAGAUCAACUUUAAACAGAGGAAAGGGCAUGUUUAAAGAUGAUGAUGAUGUGAUUGAGUUUGCAACAAUGAAAGCAUCUACUUCAGAACUGAAUCAAAGACAAGCUAGCAAUGCUUAUGGACGAAUCUCUCCACAUGUUGCAGAAUCCGGUGGUGGUAAGAGUCAAACACAUGGGACCAUCCCACUUAUGGAGAGAGAUUUGACCCCACGUGAGAAGGUGAUAAAAGCUCUUAGGUUGUUCAAAAUGAUCUUUAUGGAGCUUUACCGUGAUCCCGAAGCCAGACGCUCAACACGUCCUGAUCACGAUGCUAGGUUAAUCCUCAAGAAUCAGAACAUGUGUGUCAAUACAGAGUACAUAAUUGGUGAAGUACCUGGAAUCAGGGUUGGUGAUAGCUUUGACUACAAGGCAGAGAUGAGUGUAGUUGGUUUGCAUUUUGCAUUAAUGAGUGGGGUUGACUAUCUUAAAACGCGACGAGGAAGGAUGCUCGCAACCAGUAUAGUAGCUUCAGAAGGUACAGAUUAUAAUAACGUUUUCAUGGGCGAUCAACUACUUUACUGCGGUAUAGGAAAAGAUCAAACUAGUUUGGAGAAAGGUAACAGGGCAUUGAUGUGCAGUAUGAAGCAAAACUCUCCGGUUAGAGUGACACGUGGAUAUGAUCUUGGAAACGGUAAGACAUCCUUUGUGUAUCAAGGUUUAUAUGUUGUUGAAACAUAUUGGGUGGAGGAGAGAGCAGCAGGGAAGAGAGUAUUCAGAUUCAAGCUUAGACGAAAAGUGUUGGGUGGAGGAGAGAGCAGCAGGGAAGCAAGUCUUCAGAUUCAAGCGUAG